AUAAUGUCAAUGAAUCACACCAUUAUCUCUGAAUGUCGGAGAAUUUCCUUUAAAAUUUUUAUUGAACUAAGAGCCUGUAUAGCAGUUCCAUAGAUGAAUAUCUAAUAAUAGUAAGGGAAAACCAGUCCUUCCUCAGUUGCUCCAGAAUACGUCGAACAGUCAGUCAUAUUAUUAGACGAGUCUCAACUGUUGUUUAAAGUUUCAGUUUAUUUUGAUUGAAAAUAAUGUUUAGAUACUUGUUGACUUAUUUGUUAAUUAUUUUCGUAUGUAAAUGUCAAGAUAUUGUUUUCCCAACUGAUGAAGAAGUGACACAUUUAAGUGGGAAUAAACCACUGGUAACGGAACGAAUACCGGUUUAUAUCCCAGAAAAAUGUCCAGAAAAUAUGCUGCUAUAUCCAGGAGGUGGUAACAAGAGUGCUUGGAUCUGUGAUUGUAGACCAAGAUUUCUUUACUUUCCUUUGAGCAAUGAAUGCCAUGAGGCUUAUAGACAAGGUCCUUGUCAGCCAGAAGAAUAUGUUGUCCUUCCUGUUGGUGAAGUUUUACCAAAAUGUGAACCGAAUCCUUGUAAGAUUGACGGUCAAGUACGUUUUAAUGACGUCUGCUAUAAUUUGCGUACAAAAGGAGGACCCUGUGCUCCUGAUGGAGUUCUUGGAGUUAAUGAAACCACCUUUCAAAUCCAAUGUAUUCCAACUGAUGUUGCUCCGUUUAUUAUAAUCAAUGCUCCAACAACUCCUUGUCCUCCUGGAAGUCGUAGAACUGCUCUUGGAAUGUGUAAAAGACCUGCUCGUGGUCCAUAAAUAAUUCUAAAUAAAAAUGAUCAUCAAUUAAAAA